AUUCAACAGGAUGAGCAUCAGGACCGUACCCACACUCCAGGACGUGGUGAUACAGAAUAUACUGCGCAAUGAGGCCUUGCUCAUUCCCAGUCUGGAAUACCUGCCCAGGGUGCUUACACUGCAGUUGUACAAGGAGGCUAUAAUGGGGGGUCACAUGGAGAUGCUAAAGAAGAUGGUGCUGUACUGCCCCUUGGCCUGUCUGCCCGUGGGCUACCUGCUGAGGACAAGAGAUGUGAAAGCCUUAAAAACCCUACUGAAUGGAUUAGACUGGCUGAUUUCCAAGAACAUUUACCCCAGGAAAUGGAAACUGAAAGCAAUCAAUUUUCAGGAAGUGAAUCAGGACUGCCCCAAUGAGUGGUCCAGAGCUCCACUGGGUGCCUGCUCACAAGAGGCCAUGUCUCCAAAGGAAAGAGAGAAAUGUAGCCAAAGAGCAGGGAAGCCACACUUGAAAAUCUUCAUAGAUUUUGAUCUGGACAAAGUCUUCCAAAGAUUCCUUGGCAGCCUCAGGGAGUGGGUGGAGGAGAGAAAGGGGGUGGUCCGUAUAUACUGCGAGAAGCUUCAGAUUGGGGGUUUCUACUUGAAACUCUCUAAAUUCCUGAGGACUCUGCCAUUGUACUACGUGCGGGAACUGGAGGUGAAUGCUCAGCACUGGACUCGAGAAAUAAUGGAACAUUUUUGUUUUGUCCUGAUCGAGAUGAGGAACCUUCGCAUCGUCCAUAUCUCUGACUUGAGCCCACAGGUCUUCACAGGCCGCUCCAUAAACAGGUGUUAUUCUCAUAGAUUCAGCCUUCAACUGAGGAAGGUGAACAAACUCCGUGAGCUCUAUGUGAACAAAGUCUUCUUCCUCUACGGAGCGCUGCACAAAAUCCUCCUGAGUCGGACCCCYUUGAAAACACUCUCGCUGAGAGGUUGUCCGCUCAAGGAGAAGGAUUUAAAGCAUCUGUCCAUGUGUCCGAGCACUGAUCAACUGAAGUGUCUGGAUCUCAGCUCUUUUUSCAUGAAAGRUAUGAGUCCUGAGCCCSUCYRGGUCCWGCUGRAGAAGGUGGCACACACCCUUGAGACCCUGGUCUUAGARUUUUGUGAGAUAACAGAGUCCCAGCUAAAUGCCAUCUCACCAGCCCUGGGUCACUGUUCCCAGCUCAAAACCUUCAGUUUCUGUGGGAACCAAAUCCCCUUGACUGCUCUUAAGAACUUGCUGAGCCACACUGCUAGCCUGCUGCUGGAACAAGCGAACUACCCUGCCCCUCUGAAGAGCUUUGAUGAAAUCUUCUGGGGUUUUUGGACUGAGAUCAACCCCAUGAAAUUUGACCAGGUUCGGAAGGAAUUGAGGCAGCUGGUGAAGGACAUCAGGCCUGUCCAUGACACCCAGAUUUAUUCUUAUGAUUGUGUUCUUCACCUCAAACAUACAGAUUUUAUUGCCUGA